UGGUCGUCCAUGUCCUCAAGCCCGCACCCACACCCACACCACACCACACCACGACGACAGCCAGACAGACCACAAAGUCAGCCGCAAGUUCCGGCAGGGGCUCCUCCCAUCUGCGCCGCAAAGACGACUGCGGGCCUUUCUCCUUCAGCUACGCGCGUGCACAUACAUAUAUCCCCAGCUAGGUACGUAGGCUAGGCUGAGACGCCCGCCCCCAAGUCUCUCCUCCAUUCACCUUGUUCGCCCUCGCAACGCAUCUCGACGCUUCCCAGACGUUUCGUCGCAUCUUCACGCUUCACAGCUGCAUGCAUUGAGCACGCAGGCCUGGCACUCCGCGGCGCCCGUUCAAGCAAUCUUGGCUACCGCGGCCCAGAAGCAGGUUCCGGUCGAAGCGGUCGGACGCGUAGCCCAUCAUGCCGCGACCCACGUUUACCAGCAAGCUGUCCCUCCCCAGCCGCUUCAAGUACUCAAACUCCAACACCACCAGCGGAGCCAAACUGUCCCCUACCAACAUCCCCCCAAGUCGCACCGGCAGUCCCAAGCGAGCAAUGGCAGCAGAACAAGCAACAAAGCCAGGCCUGGUGCUGAGGGCGAAUGUAAUCAAGGGCAGGAAUCUCGCUGCAAAGGACCGUAGUGGCACAUCUGACCCUUACCUCGUCCUCUCUCUCGGCGAUGCAAAGGAAGCCACCCCCACUAUCAACAAGACACUGAACCCAGAAUGGAACACGACGCUUGACUUGCCCGUUGUGGGCGAGCAGAGCCUCUUGCUCGAAGUCUGCUGCUGGGACAAGGACCGUUUUGGCAAGGACUACAUGGGCGAGUUUGACGUCAUACUCGAGGACCAGUUCUUGAACGGCCAAACACUGCAGGAGCCGCAAUGGUUUCCCCUCCAGUCACGACGCUCGGGGAAGAAGAAGUCGGUAGUCUCUGGCGAGAUCCAGAUCCAGUUCUCCCUUCUCGACGCGAGCAACCCGGCCGCUGAACCGCAUCAGAUCCUGCAAAAGCUCCUCGCCAUCGCGGGACAGACGCCAAGCCCAAAUGAGGAAGAGGAGAUGUUGCUACUGCGUGGCGACAGCAAUGUUACAGACAACGAGGACGAAGAAGACAGCUCCGACGAGGCCCAGGACGAGUCGAAGAAGGCUGAAAAGAGGGAGAAGCGGCGCAAGAAGCUCAGGAUGGCUAGAUUGAAGAAAAAGGCCAAGCAGAUGAGCGGCUACGAGUACUCAAGCAACGGCGACAUUGCAGGCGUCCUCUUCCUGGAGAUCCAGAAGAUUACAGAUCUGCCCCCAGAGCGCAAUGUAACGAGGACUUCGUUCGACAUGGACCCCUUCGUCGUGACCUCGCUCGGAAAGAAGACGUACCGCACGCGAACAAUCAGCCAUAACCUCAAUCCCGUCUUUGAAGAGAAACUUGUCUUCCAAGUCUUGCGCCACGAGGUGAACUACUCGGUCAGCUUCACCGUCGUUGACAAGGACAAAUUCUCUGGGAAUGACUACGUCGGUACUGUCAACUUCCCGCUUGACAAGCCCGUCUCAGUUUCUCCCCAAGCAGACGCUGAAACUGGUCUGUACAAGCUCCCUGAGCCCUCAGACUCCCCAGGUCUUCCGUCUGAGACGAGGAGAUCCCGCUUCCGCCUUCCAAUGUCUCGUUCUUCCUCUGCCCACAGUCUUUCUCGUCUCGGUCGGCCGUCUUUGAAGAAAGAGAACUCGUCCGGCUCGCUGUCUGUGAAGGACUCUACUGGUUCGCUACCUCUCGCGCCGACGAGCGCGCCGCAAGACGCCCAGGGCAACCUCGCGCCUGGUGGUGCAGUCAACAUCAAUCCAACUGCCGUUGACGACGAAGAUCUCAAGAUGUAUACCCUUCCUUUGGAGAUGAAGAACAAGGACCGUUGGGAGGACAAGCACAACCCAACAAUCCAUAUUCGGGCCAAAUACCUCCCGUACAAGGCUCUUCGACAACAGUUCUGGAGGGCUAUGCUCAAGCAGUACGAUGCCGACGACAGCGGCCUACUCGACAAGGUCGAGCUCACCACCAUGCUGGACACGCUUGGUUCUACACUGCACGGGUCGACGAUUGACAGUUUCUUUGCACGAUUUUCUGCUCAGCACAACGGCGACGAGCUGCUUACCUUUGACGAAACUGUCAUUUGCCUCGAAGACCAGUUGCAAUCGACCGAGCAACGAGACGCAAAGAGGUUCGGACCGUCCGGCUCGGGCUUCUUUACGCCGGGCACCGAGACCCCUUCGUUGGCAUCUGGGAGUCUAACACCGAUCAACCAGAAUCCCUCUACCGUCUCCAUCCCAGCGCUUGAGACCAAUGUCUUGGGCAAGGAGGGCGAGGAGGGCGAGCAUAUUCAACAGAGUGACGACCUGGGAGACGAAAAAGGAGAGGAGCACGUUAUCGAGAUCCGCGAAUGCCCCAUUUGCCACCAGCCCAAGCUGAACAAGCGAUCCGAUGCCAACAUCAUCACCCACAUUGCUACGUGUGCUAGUCAGGAUUGGAGGCAAGUCAAUAACAUUGUCAUGGCCGGUUUCGUCACUUCUAGCCAAGCCCAGCGAAAGUGGUAUUCAAAGGUCAUCACCAAGAUUUCGUAUGGCGGGUACAAGCUUGGAGCCAAUUCCGCCAAUAUCCUUGUCCAGGACCGCCUCACUGGCCAGAUCAACGAGGAGCGUAUGAGCGUGUACGUUCGUCUGGGUAUUCGAUUGCUGUACAAGGGGUUGAAAGCCAACAACAUGGAGAAGAAGCGAAUCCGCAAGCUGCUCAAAUCCCUCAGUAUCAAACAGGGAAAGAAGUACGAUGAUCCCGCGUCUGUUGCGGAAAUCGCACCCUUUAUCGCUUUCCAUCAGCUUAACAUGAACGAGGUGCUACUGCCGACUGAGCAGUUCAAGAGCUUCAACGAGUUCUUCUAUCGUGCUCUGAAACCAGACGCUCGUCCAUGCUCUGCGCCCGAAGACCCAAGAGUUAUUGUUUCUCCUGCCGACUGCCGGUCUGUUGUCUUCAAUUCGAUCGACUCGGCGCAGACUAUCUGGGUCAAGGGCCGCGAGUUCACUGUCGAGCGUCUGUUGGGUGAUGCGUACCCUGAAGACGCGAAGCGCUAUCAUGGCGGUUCUCUUGGUAUCUUCCGACUCGCACCGCAGGACUACCAUCGCUUCCAUAUCCCGGUUGACGGUGUUCUGGACGAGCCCAAGCUGAUCGAAGGAGAGUACUACACCGUCAACCCAAUGGCUAUUCGGUCAUCCCUUGAUGUCUAUGGCGAGAACAUCCGCGUUUUGUGCCCCAUUGACUCGGUCACCCAUGGACGAGUCAUGGUCAUCUGCGUUGGUGCGAUGAUGGUGGGCAGCACUGUCAUUACACGCAAGAAGGGCGAUCAGGUGAAGCGUGCUGAAGAAUUAGGCUACUUCAAGUUCGGUGGCAGUACGCUGCUGGUUCUGUUUGAGCCCGGCCAAAUGAGAUACGAUGAUGAUCUUGUUGACAACUCCAAGUCGGCUUUGGAAACUCUGGUCCGCGUUGGCAUGUCCAUAGGCCACAGCCCCAACAGAGCAGCCCACACCCCCGACCUGCCCAAAGACAAUCCUACCAUGGAAGAGAAGCAGGAGGCGAAACGCCGCAUCGAGGGCAGUCUUGCGCCACAGGGUGAGGUAGGACCUGUGCCCGGAGCCGGGUUCUAGGCUUGAAUCGUAGAGCGUACGUGCAGGAAAAGUAGAUAACAAAAAAGGCUAGGCAUAUGUUUGGAGGCUGAGAUAACGACUUGAUGAUAGUAUGAGAGCAUAUGGAAUGGCGGCGUGGGUGCUGCCUUUUUCUAGGCGUUUUGAGCGGUUUGGUCUGAGUUGGGCGUGGGGCGGCUGUAUAUACAUAUACACGUAGAAGAGCAC